AUGUCUGACGGAAUGUCGUCUUCUCACACCCAACUCUCCUCCACGUCCUCCGCCUCCACCCCCGCGAAGCUCUGCUCCAAAACCUACAAGAAAGCUUCCCAGCUCUACCUCACGCGACGUCUACCGGAGUCGCUUGCCUCUCUCCAACCGAUUAUCACCGUCCCAACUCCCCAAGAUGAACACCUCACUAAUGGCGAUCAUGCCGCCGCGGUCGCGCCGAUCGCCACCGCCCCCAGCACGUGGAGGAUCAAGGUCUGGAAUCUCUACAUUACGCUUCUCAGCGGAAUUGUAGACCUCGGCGCAGAGGAAGGAAAGAGUCAAUUUGGCCAGAAAGAGUGGAAAGCGAUUGCUACGCAAGUACGCGAAGGUGGAAUUUGGGAGACCGUCGUGCAGGUCGGUUACCGGGGGCGGGAAGGCUCCGUGGACGCCGAGGUUGUCUACAACUUGGCGACUUUAAUCCUCAAUCACUCGUCCUCCCAAUCGCUCAACCAACAACGUCUCGAGACCUACCUGUCAUCCUACGGGCAACCGAACCUAGAUCUCGCAGAUCGCCUUCAGGAUGCAUCGGACGGCCUUCAGCAGCACCGCAUCUCGGCUGCCAAUGGGACUGAUACGCCGAAGGAUCUGGCUGCCCGUGUGCGAAUCAUCGAGUUGUUUACUCUGCACGUGCUGCCUCGGAACGAAGAAUGGGAGUACGCACAAGAAUUCAUCAACUUGAGCGAGGUCUUGGAUGAGGAACGGAAAGAGCUUUUCCUGCAAACAUUGGAGGGUCUGAAGGAAGAAAAAGAACGAGGAGAAAUGCGCGCCGCCGAGCUCCAGCGCCAAAAGGACGCUGAACUCGAGCGGCAGCGAGAUGACGAGCGUCGGCAAGCCGAGGAAGAAGCAACAAAAGCCGCAGCCGCCCAAACAAAUGGCCACAAGCGGAAUACUAGCGAGGUGGACUACGGUAUCGAGAAAGGUAGCCCACGCAGCAAAGCCAAGGGAUCCAAAGCGUCAGACAAGCCAACGCCGAGCGGCAAAUCCAGCUCACGGACGGCGCUUUCAUCAAACUCCAAGAGCGCAAAGAAGCAGGUCAAGCCUGAAUCUCGAAGCCAAACUCGGGCUGCGGCGACCAUGCUACGCAAUAUAUUCAAGAAGAUCAUUCAAAGCGUGUCUGGAAACCCGCUCUCAAUAGCGCGUACCUUGCUAUUCGUGCUUGGUAUCUUGAUGGCUAUGAGCCGGCAGGAUGUGCGUGAACGAGUCCGCCGGAUUACGGGCUCUGCGUGGCAGAAGGUGAAGGGUACUGUUGGAAUGGGUGUGAAGGUGAGCUAUAUCUGA